AUAUACCCAGCUAUAGUUUUUCUUCAUAACCCACUCACCACUUUCACUUCUUCCCUAAUCAACUCUUCUCUUCCUCUUCUUCAAUAGUCCAAAACAAAAUGGGUUCAGAGACUUUCCUGGAAGUGAUUCUGGCGAUUCUUCUGCCUCCAGUCGGCGUUUUCCUCCGAUAUGGUUGUGGGGUAGAGUUUUGGAUAUGUUUGUUGUUGACUUUGUUGGGUUACAUCCCUGGGAUCAUCUAUGCUAUCUACGUUCUUGUGGGAUGAUCAUCAAAUUAAUUAUUUUCUUGUAAAGUUUUCAUCUGAGUUAAAGCCGCUGUUCUUUCUCAACUCUCUUGUAAUAAAAAGUCUUCUCGCUAAAUCAUAAAAUACUAUUCUUUUUUGCUUUCUCUUUUGUUUUUUGAUUAAUUUUGAUAGGUUUCCUCAUGCCUAUCAAUGCCCAAUGUAAUACAACAUUGAGAAAAU